AUGUAUGAUGCUAUGGAGGUCGACGAAGACAUUCGAACCGGCGCGGACUCCAACAUGGUCAGUCCCCGGUUGCCGGCUAUCGCCGAGAAGUCACAGCGGGUGCAGGCGGGGAACACCAAGAGACGCAAGCGUUCGCGCAGGAGAUCGGCAACGGUAGCAAGGCGUAAGCAGUCAGGGAGCCGGCUGCGGGCCAAGAGAGCGAACAAAGGGGACUGGUCACAAAUCCACAAGGUUUCCUCUAGCCUGAUCCGGGUCGAUGCGUUGGCUUUCUUCGCCGACAAUUGUGAGAUGGCUCUGGCGAGCUGGAUCUCCAUACUUAGGAAGACGGCGUUGCCGGACAACAUCACCAGUUCGGACCCCCGCGUCGUUACCGCCUUCCAGGAAUUGGACAGCAUCAUCUUUGGUAGAGAGAGCACGCGCAUGCUCAAAAGGCUCGCCUAUAUGCAAUUACUACGUGUUUUUGAGUCCCUCGAGCAGAUCAUCGACUUGGACCAUCGGGAUGGGAGGGUCGAGUUUCGGUCCGGCUAUGGCGCUUCGAGCCUCGCCAUCGAUAUAUACGCGAGCGCUCAAGGGCGGCCAACGACGAAGAGGAAGCUCGGGGAGCGCACACGCUAUGCCAGGCGUUUGAGGGACCUUACAGUACAACCGCCAUUUUCCCUCCUCAUCUACUCGGACGUGGCCGAGACUGUCGCCGAUAGAUCCUCAGGGUUCAACGUACCGACGUUGAAGUUCCUAGCAUCCCACAUCGCGCAGACGUCUCCUCCCGGGCUUGCCAUCGUCUGCAGGGAGCUCGCCAAAAUAGCUGAAUCGGCAGUCCAACCCGGGCAAUCAUGCGAUACGCGGAGUGUGGCGGCGCAAACCGUAGCUGUUCAUCGCGAGCCCUUGGUCGCUGUUUAUGGCGGCCCCUUCGUCGCGGUUCGCCGCGACCUUUCGUCGCUGUUGCUCGCGGUUCGUCGCGGUCCUUUCGUCGCGGUUCGUCGCGAUUGCACGGUCGGUCACCUGUACAACCCACCACCUAGCCUAGGUAGUCGCUCUCCCUUAGUCGCCAGCAUCAAUGAAGCUUUGCAGUUGCUGAGGAUGGUAUCCAAUGCAUCCCUAAUCUGCGUCAAGCGUGUGUCCUUUCCCCAAUCGAGAAUGUUUCGGACCUGCUUGCAAAAGUUCUUGAAAUCCUCUGGCCUCGAUAAUAGGAAAGCGUCAACCCGUUGGAGCAACCCAGAGGUCGCCGCGAGUACCUCCGGCAGCUUUGAACUCAAUGGCGAAGAACGAAAACCUAAAGCCUUAUAUUGUCGCUUCCGCAAACCAUGCAUUUCAAGAAUAUAG